AUGUCAGAUACCUAUAAGCUUCAGUCUCCUGCAAAGCCUAAGACGGGGCUACUGGCGUUAGAUGAGUGUGCUUUUUUCAUCAGCAAGCCCAUUGGAAGUAUCAUUGUCCCAAGAAGGGACUUUCCUCCUAUCAAUGCUCUGAUUUCUAAAGAGGAUUUGAUUCACAUUGAUCCAUUUUCUUCUGAGGUUCCUCUUGAUGAGUACAUCUCUUCCGUUCCCCAUGACCUUGUUCCCUCUUCUCCACCUUCCACCCCUUUUGUUGAUUACCUCUCCACUGACCCCCCCGAGGCUAUGCCUACUUCUUUUCCUGCUUCACCUCUGGUUUCCUCUCCUCCUUCGACUUCUUCUCCGCCUCUGUUGUUAGUCUAUUCUCGUCGCCAAGCUCCCCAUCUACUAGUUGUCUCUGCCCUGGCUGCUCUCUCUUCUGCUUUUGAAGACUCUGAUCCUGUUGAACAUCGAUAUCCUACUCGAGUACGUCGUCCUCCAAACAGGUUAGAAGCUCAGUCUUAUAAGGAGGCCUGUCAAGAUUCCAAUUGGAUUCGACCUAUGGAAGAUGAGUUGUCUGCUUUGCAAAAAACUAGUACUUGGGAGUUGGUUCAUUUGCCUACUGGUAAGAAUCUAGUUGGUUGCAAAUGGGUCCACAAAGUCAAGACUCAUUCUGAUGUUCUCUUGAGUGUUACAAGGCUCGUCUGCUUCGAAAUAAAAGAUCUGGGUCCAUUGUGGUAUUUUCUUAAUAUUGAGGUUGCUUCUUCUCCAAGGGGUUAUUUUCUAUCUCCAGCUAAGUAUGCUAAUGAGGUCAAUCACCGUGCUGAUCUUACUGAUACUAAGAGUUUACUAUUGUCCUCUACUUCCUCUCUAGAUUUGGUGGCCUAUGCUGAUUCUAAUUGGGCUAGUGAUGUUACUGAUCACAAGUCCACGUUUGGUUUCUGUAUGUCUCUUGGCGAUUCCUUGAUCUCUUGGAAAAGCAAGCAACAAACUGUUGUUUCUCGCUCUACUAUCGAAGCUGAGUAUCGUGCUAUGGCUUAUGCUAUUGCCGAGAUUGUUUAG